GAACCAAUCACUGUUCUCCGUGUACUGUUUAAGUUUGACCGUUUUACGCUUGUGGGGGACGUUUAGAAUCUCUUAUUCUUUUAUUUUAAUAAUAUUUCACACAGCAUGGUUAAAUAAGCUAAUAUUUAGCUACCAAAGAUGUAACCGUUAUCCGAUGUUGUGUGUUUAAUUUGUUCCACGUCUGAUUCGCGUGCUGGGGUUUUUUAACUCGUUGCUAUGGUGACGGAAUGGCCGAGCUCAAGCAGAUCGACGCUUUGCGAAAGCAGAACAAAGAUUUAUUGAAGAAACUCAAGAAACAAACCGAAAAACUGCAUCAGCUGACUCCCUCGUGGCCGGAUGAGAAAGACAAAAGUCAACGCUCUGAAUACGAAGCGUUUACCGUCGAGAGUGUCUUUUUAACGGAGAGAAACGGAGCACAGUCGCCGCGUGUAGGUCGCCCGAGUAUGGCGCGAGCUUCACCUUCUUCACCAACAGCAGUGAAAACCAUCAACAUAUCCGAUGAACAACUUUCUGAACACUGUGAAGACUCCACACCGGACCAACAUAAACCCAAACACAAGCAAAGUUCAGAAGUGACCAAAUACAGCACACUCCUGCAAGACACAGACAACAGUCGCUGGAAGGGACGGAGCAGAUCUGUGAGACUGAUGCUGCCCAAAUCUGCUCCUCUCACAGCAGACAGUGACCAGAGAGAGACUGACAGCGCAACAACUGCUGGGCUGGAGGAGACCGUAUCCGAGAGACACAUACAGCCUUUACUGGGUUAUGAUUGGAUAGCAGGCCUACUGGACGCUGAGAGCUCUCUUGCUGAUCGUUCGGAGCAGUUCUUCAGCGAGCUCCAUAGCUUCCGUCAGGUCAACCGAGACGAGUGUGUCCACAACUUGUUAUAUGGACUUCCGUCUGUUGCUGAUCUUGCGUCUUUCACACUUGGCGAAGAGCCGCAGCCGCAUGCAGACACACAUCAGUGCACGUUCUGCUACAGAAUAAACAGUCGACUGUUUGCGGUUCCGCUGGACACACAGGCCGCCUGUCCCGUGUGCAAGAUGCCCAAAUCUGAACACCCUCAUACUGAAACAGAGCCUGCUUUAAUUAGGGUCAGUAUUCCUCGCUCAACUCUGCUGCCAGCACACCAAUACAAAGCCCAUCGUCGCUGCAGUUUUGAUUCCUCUGACAGUCUGAGUUUACCCUCACACUGUUUGUCGGGGUGGUCCAAUCCCACGCUGAACUCUGGCUCUCAGAUGAGCAGUCUGGAUCUGCGGGGCUCCAUGACAAAACCAGCGGCCACGAGAGGCUCAUUCUCAUCCUGGUUUGACAAUAAACUGGAUUCAUCCCCGACCAAUGCAUCAAGACAACGGCAUUCUGACCAGCUUCAAAAUGUGUCCCGUUUGCCACGUUAUGCCUUUCAGCAUUUAGACACAAAGAGGCCAGAACCUCACAGCUGCUCUUACACGCUUUACUGAUGUCACUGAAGAAGUUGCAUUCAAAAUGAAGUAACACAUGAACGUGUCACCAUCCAAUGGAUUAUCUGUAAUGAGUGUUGUUUUUUUUUUGUAUGUGUAAUAAUGAACAAACAUGAAUCAUUUGUAUAAGUCACGUCUAACAUGUUGGUGAUGUUUGCUUCUUUUGUUCUAAAAUUCAUGUAAAUAAAUGAAAUGGAACAUAAA